AUGGCCUUGGGCGUGGCUUCAGGGAAUAGUGGCAGUGGCACCACAAUGACCAUGCACACCACUAUCAUAUCUAUGCCACCACUGAAGGUUGGAUUGCCAGUAAAUGUGCAGAACCUUUUGUUACGCGCAUUAUAUUAUAUUAUUGGGUUAGAUGAUCUUUGCAUGCAAGCAAACGGAGAUAUUGUCCGCCAAGGAUCGUCUGGUGAACGCAGGAUGCUUACGAACGAUGGCACCAUUCUGAACUUGAAGAAUGGAUUGGUGAUGGACGUGAACAAACAAGAUCCAAGUGUUCAUGAAAUAAUUAUCUUGAGCCCACGGGAAACCCUAACCAAAUGUGGUUCUCAUUGCUCUAGCUAA